AUGUUGCAUCCACCUUAUCUGCCCCACCUCCUCUUCUUCCUUCUCCCCUUCCUCUUCCUCCCUUGCUUCUCCGCCGCCGUGUCCGAGACCAUGGGGAAGGCGUGCAAUCAGACGCUCGACUCCGUCUUCUGCAUCACGUCUCUCCAAGCCGUCCCCAAAAGCGACUCCGCUGACCUCCCCGCCCUCGCCCUCAUCGCCCUUAACCUCACCUACUCCAACGUCACGAGCUCCGCCACCAAAUUGCUGGCUCUGCAGCGCGAAGCUACCAGCCCCGCCAUCAAGAACUCGUUCGAGGCCUGCUCGAUACUCUACAACAACAUCUUCCAGCCGCUGCGGUGGGCGUCGCAGUUCUUCGUGUCGAAGCACUAUGAUGUCGCCCAGGCCAUGUUCGCAACGCCUCUCUUUGCCCCGACGAACUGCGCGGAAGCUGCGGGAAAGGUGAUGGAGAAGGACGGCAAUAACACGUUCUACCUCAUGCUGAUGACUCGAAAAUUCAUGGAGCUCUCGAGUUCGUAG